CAUCUCCCUCGCUCUCUCUCUCUCUCUCUCUCUCUCUCACUGUACGAUGAAUGAGGAGGGGCUUGGUGCCGUGGAGCAGCCAGAGCUGACCCGCUUGCGGUUCGAGUCGAGCAGCGAAGACCCGAGUUCAGCUCGCAUGCGGUGAAAAGGGAGCGACAUCAGGAUUGUAGGUCGCCAAGGCCACUACACACCUUCCAAGAUGGUCGCCUUGUCGCUGAAGAUCUGCGUGCGUCAGUGCAAUGUGGUGAAGACGAUGCAGUUUGAGCCGUCCACGCCGGUGUAUGACGCCUGCAGAAUCAUUAGGGAGAGAGUCCCGGAAGCCCAGUCGGGCCAGGCUUCAGAUUACGGCCUCUUCCUGUCAGACGACGAUCCCAGAAAAGGCAUCUGGCUGGAGUCAGUGAGAACCCUGGAUUACUACAUGCUGCGGAAUGGAGAUGUUCUGGAGUACAAGAAGAAACAAAGGCCACAAAAGAUAAAAAUGCUGGAUGGAGCAGUGAAAACAAUCAUGGUGGAUGACUCAAAAACCGUCGGGGAGCUGCUUGUCACGAUAUGCAGCAGGAUAGGAAUCACCAACUAUGAGGAGUACUCCCUGAUUCAGGAGGUGCCAGAGGAGAAGAAAGAAGAAGGGAUGGGAACGCUGAAGAAAGACAGAACUCUGCUGCUUCGAGAUGAGCGGAAGAUGGAAAAGCUCAAAGCCAAACUCCACACAGACGACGACUUAAACUGGCUGGACCACAGCAGAACAUUCAGAGAACAAGGAGUGGAGGAGAGUGAGACGUUGCUGCUCAGACGCAAGUUCUUCUACUCCGAUCAGAAUGUGGACUCCCGAGACCCCGUCCAGCUCAACCUGCUCUAUGUCCAGGCCCGGGAUGAUAUAUUGAAUGGAUCCCACCCCGUGUCCUUUGAUAAAGCCUGUGAGUUUGCUGGCAUCCAAGCGCAGAUCCAGUUCGGAACCCACGUGGAGCACAAACACAAACCUGGAUUUCUGGACCUCAAGGAGUUUCUUCCGAAAGAAUACAUCAAGCAAAGAGGCUCGGAGAAGAAGAUAUUCCAAGAUCAUAAAAACUGUGGGGAGAUGACAGAGAUCGAAGCCAAAGUGAAGUACGUGAAGCUCGCCAGGUCGUUGCAGACAUAUGGAGUGUCCUUCUUCCUAGUAAAGGAAAAGAUGAAGGGCAAAAACAAACUGGUUCCGCGGCUGCUGGGGAUCACCAAAGAGUCGGUGAUGCGUGUCGAUGAGAAGACCAAGGAUGUGGUGCAGGAGUGGCCCCUGACCACUGUCAAAAGAUGGGCCGCCUCCCCGAAGAGCUUCACCCUGGAUUUCGGUGAGUACCAGGAGAGCUAUUACUCAGUCCAGACAACAGAAGGAGAGCAGAUAUCGCAACUUAUUGCUGGCUACAUUGACAUCAUUCUCAAGAAGAAGCAGAGCAAAGAUCGUUUUGGCCUUGAGGGAGACGAAGAAUCCACUAUGCUGGAGGAAUCUGUUUCCCCGAAGAAGUCCACGAUUCUGCAACAACAGUUCAACCGGGUGGGUCGCGUGGAGCACGGCUCCGUCGCGCUUCCUGGUAUUAUUCGCUCAGGGUCUGUCGGUGGCCCUGACAACUUCAACGUGGGCUCCAUGCCCCAGGCCCAGCAGCAGAUCACCACAGGCCAGAUGCACAGAGGACACAUGCCCCCGCUGAGCCAUGCUCAGCAGGCCCUCAUGGGAACCAUCAACAGCAGCAUGCAGGCGGUGCAGCAGGCCCAGUCUGAACUGGGACACGUAGAUAAUCUCCCUCCUCUGGGCCACGACCUGGCAUCCAGGGUUUGGGUUCAGAACAAAGUGGAUGAAUCCAAACAUGAAAUCCACUCUCAGGUUGAUGCCAUCACUGCUGGAACGGCAUCUGUGGUCAAUCUCACCGCAGGUGAACCCACAGAAACAGACUACACAGCAGUCGGCUGUGCCAUCACCACCAUUUCCUCUAACCUCACCGAGAUGUCUAAGGGUGUCAAGCUCCUGGCAGCAUUAAUGGAGGACGAGGUGGGCAGCAGCCACAAGCUCAUGGGCGCUGCCAGAAUGUUGGCGGGAGCCGUGUCUGAUCUACUCAGAUCUGUUGAGCCCGCAGCCACUGAGUCCAGACAGACCGUGCUGACUGCAGCAGGAAGCAUCGGACAAGCCAGUGGGGACCUGCUGCGUCACAUGGGGGAGGGCGAGACUGAUGAGAAGUUCCAGGAGACCCUGAUGAAUCUGGCCAAAGCAGUGGCCAAUGCAGCUGCCAUGCUGGUGCUGAAGGCCAAGAAUGUGGCUCAGGUGGCUGAGGACACCGUCCUGCAGAACCGGGUGAUCGCGGCUGCCACUCAGUGUGCCCUGUCCACCUCACAGCUGGUCGCCUGCACCAAGGUGGUGAGUCCGACCAUCAGCUCCCCGGUGUGUCAGGAGCAGCUUGUUGAGGCUGGGAAGCUGGUCGACCGCUCCGUGGAGACCUGCGUCAAAGCUUGUCGCUCGGCCAAUGACAACGGCGAGCAGUUGAAGCAAGUCGGUGCGGCGGCAGGUGUGGUCAGCCAGGCGCUCAGCGACCUGCUGCAGCACGUGCGACACUACGCCAGCUGUGGCGAGCCCAUUGGCCGCUACGACCAAGCCACGGACACCAUCAUGAACGUGACUGAGAACAUCUUCACCUCCAUGGGAGAUGCUGGUGAGAUGGUGCGUCAGGCCAGAGUUCUAGCUCAAGCCACCUCCGAUCUGGUCAACGCGAUGAGAUCUGACGCUGAGGCGGAAGUGGACGUGGACAAUUCCAAGAAACUUCUCGCCGCGGCCAAACUGCUGGCUGACGCCACGGCUCGGAUGGUGGAGGCGGCAAAGGGAGCAGCUGCCUACCCGGAGAAUGAAGACCAGCAGCAGAGACUGAGAGAGGCGGCCGAGGGGCUUCGUGUCGCCACUAAUGCUGCAGCUCAGAACGCCAUCAAGAAGAAACUGGUCAACAGGCUGGAGAUCGCAGCAAAGCAAGCUGCAGCAGCUGCCACUCAGACGAUCGCAGCCGCCCAAAAUGCUGCUGCCUCCAACAAGAACACGGUCUCUCACCAACAGUUAGUGCACAGCUGCAAGGCUGUUGCGGAUAACAUCCCCCAGCUGGUGCAGGGCAUGAGGAGCAGCCAGGCCCAGCCCGAGGAGCUGGGCGCUCAGCUCACCCUCAUCAUGGCCAGCCAGAGCUUCUUACAGCCGGGAAGUAAGAUGGUGGCGUCUGCUAAGUCAGCAGUUCCGACGGUGACGGAUCAGGCUGCUGCUAUGCAACUGGGUCAGUGUGCAAAGAACUUAGCGACCUGUCUGGCAGAGCUCAGGACUGCCACGCAAAAGGCUCAUGAAGCUUGUGGCCCCCUGGAGAUCGACUCGGCCCUCAAAACUGUGCAGACGCUUAAAAGUGAACUUCAGGAUGCCAAGAUGUCCGUCAUCGACGGUCAACUCAAACCUCUACCUGGCGAAACGCUGGAGAAGUGCGCUCAGGAUUUGGGGAGCACGUCCAAGGCGGUGGGAUCGUCCAUGGCCCAGCUCCUGACUUGUGCGGCGCAGGGCAACGAACACUAUACAGGUGUUGCGGCCAGGGAAACGGCUCAGGCUCUGAGGACGCUGGCUCAAGCCGCCAGAGGUGUCGCAGCCAGCACCAAGGAGCCGCAGGCCGCCGCUGCCAUGCUGGACUCGGCCCAGUGUGUGAUGGAAGGCUCCUCCAUGCUGAUCCACGAGGCUCACCAGGCUCUGGUUCAUCCGGGAGACGCUGAGAGUCAACAGAGGCUGGCACAGGUCGCUAAAGCCGUGUCCCACUCCCUGAAUAAUUGUGUAAAUUGCCUGCCGGGCCAGAAGGAUGUCGACAUGGCGCUCCGGAGCAUUGGAGAAGCCAGCAAGAAGCUCCUGGUGGAUGUUCUGCCUCCCUGCAGUAAGACAUUCCAGGAGGCCCAAACGGAUCUGAACCACACAGCAGCUGAACUGAACCACUCUGCGGGCGAGGUCGUCCAUUCCUCUCGUGGAACCAGCGGCCAGCUGGCUGCGGCCUCGGGGAAGUUCAGCCAGGACUUUGAUGAGUUCCUGGAUGCUGGAGUGGAGAUGGCGGGACACACUCAGAGCAAAGAAGAUCAGAUCCAAGUCAUUGGUAAUCUGAAGAACAUCUCCAUGGCUUCCAGUAAGCUGCUGCUGGCCGCCAAGUCUCUGUCUGUGGAUCCCGGCGCCGCCAACGCCAAGAAUCUCCUGGCUGUGGCUGCAAGGGCGGUGACAGAGAGCAUCAACCAGCUGAUCACGCUCUGCACUCAGCAAGCUGCGGGACAGAAAGAGUGUGACAACGCUUUGAGGGAGCUGGAGGCCGUCAGAGGUCUCCUGGAUAAUCCCAGUGAACCCAUCAACGACUUGUCCUACUUCGACUGCAUCGAGAGUGUCAUGGAGAAUUCAAAGGUCCUCGGCGAGUCGAUGGCAGGCAUCUCCCAGCACUGCAAGACUGGCGAUGUGGUAGCUUUCGGGGAGAGCGUGGGCGUAGCAUCCAAGGCUCUGUGUGGGCUGACGGAAGCAGCGGGACAGGCUUCUUAUCUUGUCGGUGUAUCGGAUCCCAACAGUCAGUCGGGUCACGAGGGGCUUGUGGAUCCUAUUCAGUUUGCACGAGCCAACCAGGCCAUUCAGAUGGCAUGUCAGAACCUUGUGGACCCAGCCAGCAGCCCCUCGCAGGUCUUAUCGGCAGCUACCAUCGUAGCCAAACACACGUCCGCUCUGUGCAACGCCUGCCGCCUGGCCUCCUCUAAGACCUCUAACCCCGUGGCUCGCAGACAGUUUGUCCAGUCGGCCAAAGAGGUGGCCAACACCACCGCCAACCUGGUCAAGACCAUCAAGGUCAACUCCCCAACUGAUCAAAACGCCUUAGACGGUGAUUUUUCAGAGGAGAACAGGAACAGAUGUCGUGUGGCCACCGCCCCUCUACUGGAAGCCGUGGAAAACCUGUCGACAUUCGCAAACAAUCCAGAGUUUGCCAGCAUCCCUGCCCAGAUCAGCAAUGAGGGCUCGGCCUCUCAGGAGCCGAUCGUGCGCUCGGCUCGCUGCAUGCUGGACAGUUCCACAUACCUCCUGGAAACGGCACGCUCGCUGGUCCUCAACCCCAAAGAUCCUCCCACCUGGUCCAUCCUGGCCGGUCACUCCAGAACCGUUUCCGACUCCAUCAAGAGCCUCAUCACGUCCAUCAGGGACAAGGCACCGGGACAGAGGGAGUGUGACUACUCCAUCGAUAACAUCAAUAAGUGCAUUCGGGACAUUGAGCAAGCUUCCCUGGCCGCGGUUGGACAGACCCUGCCCUGCAGAGAUGAUAUCUCCAUGGAAGCUCUCCAGGAGCAGCUCACGUCGUCCGUGCAGGAGAUCGGCCACCUGAUUGAUCCCGUCUCCACAGCAGCCCGAGGUGAAGCCGCCCAGCUGGGACACAAGGUGACCCAGCUGGCCAGUUAUUUUGAUCCGCUCAUCGUGGCGUCCGUCGGCCUGGCUUCGAAGCUGCACGACCACCAGCAGCAGAUGACCAUCCUGGACCAGAGCAAGACGCUGUCUGAGUCCGCUCUGCAGAUGCUGUACGCCGCCAAGGAAGGUGGCGGAAACCCUAAGGCGUCACACACCCAUGAUGCCAUCUCUGAAGCCGCGCAGCUGAUGAAGGAGGCGGUCGACGACAUCAUGGUGACCUUGAAUGAAGCGGCCAGCGAGGGCGGCAUGGUGGGCGGAAUGGUGGAGUCCAUCGCUGAGGCCAUGGGCCGGCUGGAUGAAGGUACACCUCCAGAACCCGAAGGCUCUUUCGUGGAUUACCAGACGACAAUGGUGAAGUUCUCCAAGGCGAUAGCCAUCACUGCUCAGGAGAUGAUGACAAAGUCAGUCACGUGCCCAGAGGAGCUGGGUGGCCUGGCCUCUCAGGUGACUGUGGACUACGGUCAGCUGGCCCAUCAAGGACGCCUCGCUGCUGCCACUGCUGAACCGGAAGAGGUGGGCUUCCAGAUAAGAACACGGGUGCAGGAGCUGGGUCAUGGCUGCAUCUACCUGGUCCAGAAGGCGGGGGCGCUGCAGCUCAGCCCGACGGAUAGCUUCUCCAAGAGGGAACUCAUCGAGUGUGCUCGGGCGGUCACGGAGAAGGUGUCCUUGGUGCUCUCAGCGCUGCAGGCGGGCAACAAGGGCACCCAGGCCUGCAUCACCGCAGCCAGCGCCGUUUCUGGCAUCAUCGCUGACCUGGACACGACCAUCAUGUUCGCCUCUGCAGGAACGCUCAACCCAGAGAACGAAGAGUCCUUCGCAGAUCACAGGGAGAGUAUUCUGAAAACAGCCAAAACCUUGGUGGAAGACACAAAACUGCUGGUGGCAGGAGCUGCGUCCAGUCAGGAGAAGCUGGCGCAGGCAGCCCAGUCCUCGGCCAAGACCAUUACGCAGCUCACUGAGGUGGUGAAGCUGGGAGCCACGAGCAUGGGCUCCGAGGAUCCAGAGACUCAGGUGGUUCUGAUAAAUGCAGUUCGAGACGUGGCUAAAGCCCUGGCUGAACUCAUCAGCGCUACCAAGUGUGCCGCCGGCAAACCCGCCGACGACCCGUCCAUGUACCAGUUGAAGAGUGCCGCUAAGGUCAUGGUCACCAAUGUGACCUCUCUGCUGAAGACGGUGAAGGCAGUGGAGGACGAAGCCACUCGCGGGACGAGGGCACUGGAGGCCACCAUUGAGUGCAUCAAGCAGGAACUCACACUGUUCCAGUCCAAGGACGUACCGGACAAGUGCACCACACCCGAGGAGUUCAUCCGUAUGACCAAGGGCAUCACCGCAGCGACAGCCAAAGCAGUGGCCGCAGGAAACUCUGCGCAGCAGGAAGACGUGAUAGCCACUGCCAACCUGAGCCGCAAAGCCAUCUCGGAUAUGCUGACCGCCUGCAAGAAAGCAGCGCAUCACUCGGAGGUGAGUGAAGAAUUGCGAGGCAAGGCUCUGCAGUACGGCUCCGAGUGCACCGCAGGAUACGUCAGCCUGUUGGAGCAAGUGUUGCAGGUGGUGCAGAAGCCCACGCCCGAGCAGAAGCAGCAGUUGGCCGUCCACUCAAAGCAGGUGGCCGCAUGUGUAACUGAGCUUGUCCAGACGGCCGAGGCCAUGAAAGGCUCAGAGUGCGCGGACCCCGAGGACCCGACUGUCAUCGCAGAGACCGAGCUCCUCGGAGCAGCGGCAUCCAUUGAAGCAGCCGCCAAGAAACUGGAGCAGCUGAAACCGAGGGCCAAGCCCAAGCAGGCGGAUGAAACUCUGGAUUUCGAAGAGCAGAUUCUCGAGGCAGCCAAGUCCAUCGCUGCAGCCACUAGUGCUCUGGUUAAAUCAGCAUCGGCGGCUCAGAGAGAGCUGGUGGCACAGGGCAAGGUUGGGUCCAACCAAGCGAACGCUGUGGACGACGGCCAGUGGUCGCAGGGGCUCAUAUCUGCUGCACGUAUGGUCGCGGCAGCCACCAGUAACUUGUGCGAGGCAGCCAACGCGUCAGUGCAGGGCCACGCCAGCGAGGAGAAGCUCAUCUGCUCGGCCAAGCAGGUGGCGGCGUCCACUGCUCAGCUGCUGGUGGCCUGCAAGGUCAAGGCUGACCAGGACUCUGAAGCCAUGAGGAGACUCCAGGCGGCCGGUAACGCAGUGAAGCGAGCGUCCGACAAUCUGGUGAAGGCGGCGCAGAAGGCAGCGUUCGACAAGACGGACGACGACAGCGUGGUGGUGAAGACCAAAUUCGUGGGGGGAAUAGCUCAGAUCAUCGCCGCUCAGGAGGAAAUGCUGCGGAAGGAGCGCGAGCUGGAGGAAGCCCGAAAAAAGCUGGCUCAAAUCCGACAGCAGCAGUACAAGUUCUUGCCCACCGAGCUGCGGGAAGAUGAAGGCUGACAAGCGCCGAUCGCUGGCAGCGCUGAUGAGACCCGCGGAGAAGACGCCGUCCCUCGUCGGUAACAGCGCCUCUCGUGUGAUGUGAGGAACGUACAGCACUUGAAACAGGCCUGGUUGGUGAACAAACAAGUGCCUGUACUCUGUUGUGUAUUCGUGAAUGUGUGUGCGUGGCUGUGUGUUUUCAGACUUUAAUAUAAAGACGGCGGUCGCUAUAACGGAGACUCAAGUGUAUGAUAAGUGUAUCAUUGCUUUGUGAGUGUAACUGCAUCAUGAGCAUUACUGACUGUUACAGGAAGAUGUUGCCGAUGCUGAAACCCUCCAUCAUUGAAUGUUAUUAUAUCAUUUUAUAGAAUAUCAAGAAUUCUGCGACAACAUUGAGGGAAAAGUUUGGAGAAAAAACAGGCAGAAAGGAGGCGUUUGUUCCAUCACUGGCUUGCAUGCAUCAUGUUUUUACAUGUCAGCGCGGCUACUAACCAGUAGAGUAGUACACCCUAACAGCACCUGCAUCAUUCUUCCCUUUUAGAAAUCCGUAAAAAAAAAAAACGUAGGAUCUGAUUUGAUGCUAUUUUGAGAAGUCGAUUUUCUUCAUCUGACAUUCAGAUCAUCUGUGACCAAAUAUGAUGCUGCUUGUCCCAUUUGUUGUCCCCAUAGCUAGUGUGAAAUAAGCAGGGGUUCAGUAGCUGACAAGUGCGGUUUGAAUUUUGGAAGUUUUAACGUUGAAAUCUGAAAAAUUCUAAAGCAAUUUUCUUGUCCCCAGUAGUUUCAGCUACAAUAGUGGCUACACAGGCGAUCAGAAUUAAUAUUGGGGUGAACCACACUCCCACGCAUUUAUAACACACGCGCUACCUCGCAAUAACAAUGGUUUCCAUUCAGGGUUUGAAGACCAUGGCCGCACCAAGAAGCCACUAACAGGAAAUAUUAAAGCAAUUCUAAAAUGUUUUUACCUCCCAUGAUGCUUCGCUCCACCUCAUGUCUCAAAGCUGAAAUAGUCUAACUUGCCUGCAAUACUCGUGCUGACUCACUAGAUGGCGCGCUCGAGACACUGGUGCUUUGUGGGUAUCACUCUUCUCUGCGCUGUCCUCUGAGAUGCGCUGUAAAAAGGGGCAGAUCGGAGAACAAAGAAGUAGAAGGUAAAGUGCCUAGAGGGGUGUCCAAAGGCCGGCCCACGGGCCAUCGGUGGCCCUUGAUCCGAUUCCACUCUGUAGAUUUCUAAAACUGUGAUUAACGUCACUUCCACUCUAUUUGACAAGAUCCCAACAGUCCACUCCAAAGUUGAGUGACUAGAUGAUGACACUAUAUCAGAGACAACAGUAACAUUUGUUCCCUCUUGCCGUGAAGAAGAGUUGAAUAGUUCAUUAAAGCAGCAGUGAACCGCUCGCAAAUAUUUGUUUCUUGUUCCUCCACUGUUAGGACUGUGUAAUUGCACAAUUUAAUGGCGUCUGGCGUAAUCUGAUAUUUCAAAUUUACUGUACGUAGUCCAUGAAGAGUUCAGUGCAGAGUUGUGUGACACAUAGAGGCGCUUGUUUUAUCCACCAGGGCAGGUUGUUUGCGCUCAAGUGAGUUACACUUUUGUAUCGUCCUUUAUUUUGUCCUGCCAACAGUUUUGACUCAGAACGAAGAGUGAGAAUCUGCUGCUGUGAAGUUGUGGCGCUGACCGUGUCAGAGAGGGUGGCGCAGGUGCAUGUAUCAAACAGUUUCUAGUGUCAACACAGCGUCAGUGCUGUUGUCAGUCGAGAGAGACCGAGGCCCAGUCCGAGAUCAAACUGAAUACAGAAUAAACUACUUGUUUGUUCCAAUGAUAGUGUUCGGUUCCUGAUUUAUUUUGAAGAAAAUGGCAACCCUUUCUUUUACUGUUAGAAAUAUAUGUGUGUAUCUGUUCUGUUUUCAGUCUGGACUUGAACUUGGUCUUGGUCUCAGCCUCAAUGGCCUCGGUUUCGGCUCAGUUUAGCUGGUCUUGACAACAACACUAUGAUUCGGGCGGCGGCGAUACCACCAUCGUGUAGAUGAACGCAGCAUCAGACGCUAAAUGGUGGCGUAUUUUAUCAUUUUCAUCUCCAUGGAAACGGAACUUCACGACAUGGCUUCGAUGCACAACUGCACUGGUCAUGACAGUUAAAAGUGAAACUAAUAAAAAAAUGUAUAUUUCAUGUUUAUCUGAGAGAUUGUUGCGCAUCCUGGAAGUUCAUUUAACCUCUUUUCCAUGGACAACAAGUCCAGCUGCUGUCAGUUCAAAGAGUCUGUGCUGAAGCAGCCGGCCCCUCCAUCAUCUGUGAGAAGGGUCUGGACAGCCCUGCUCCAGAGGCUGUUCUCCACAGACUUCAGAUUCAGUUCUAAAGCAAGUGAUCAAAGGCCCACGAUGGUUCUGCAUCUUUCAGAUUUCAACCUCAAACUUCCUCCACCACCUUCAGCACUACUGAAACCAAAACAGCCAAACAUCAUCGCCAAACUCGACCUCUUGCUUUCUCCACUCCGAGACUCACAGCUUUAACACAGGAGGGUCCAGCGAAAUGAAAAUACUUAUCGUGUACAAUCUGAACUUGCAGUCAUCAAAGCUUUGUCUUAUUUAGUCACUGUUACUUUAAGAUGAUUGUCGAUAGCAAUAUACUGUCUGUUUUGUCGGUUGUGGUUUCUGGAAGGACCAACUGAUGAAGGCUUUUAUGAAAUUAAUCUUUAAUAGCUCCCAUGUAGGAUUCAUAUAAGAAGCGUCUCUUCACGCCAGUGUUGCAUCUGCAUUGUGUACUAGUGCCUUACUUGUGUGUGUGUGUGUGUGUCGAGCACUUGAAGAUCCGACUGGGUCAGACUCCUGUUCUCCACCGGUUUCUGUCCAAACCGUCGCCCAGUCCUUCGCCAUACAACACAAUGCCUUUGCUGGUGAGCUCAUGCGAACAAGGGGGGACCCCGGGGUUUUGACACCACAGAUGACUGCGUUCUCAUGAGCAGAUUGUGUUGAGUGAAGUUAGGAAAUAUUUGUUGUUCUCAGUCGCGUCGAGUGAACGCCUGACCACCACACCGUUUAGUUUUUAUGAAUAAGUGUGUGAAUUAUCCUGGAAAAUAGUGUCUACUUUGUUGGUUUGUGCCGAGGUGUGUCGCACCGACACCGAAAUAAAUCAGCGGCUUUUUGAUGCUCCGUUAGAUUAUCGUCAAAAGUAGUUAAAUAUAAUGUUAAAACAGUCAUAAAUUAUUGAAUUAUUAAGUGUUGCCUUAUAGUAAAAAUAGUUUCAUUUCAUUGUUGAUUUCCAAUUGACUUUUAGUUUUAUUUCCAUUUGCUUAUUCUAUAUUUUUAAGAAAAUCAUUUCAUGACGCAAAAUGAAUUAUUUUUAAGAAAGUAAAAGUAAUAUUUUUAACUUCAUGUUUAAAAUUCAUUGUAAAAUGCAACUUGCUUUUUGAAGUGCAUUUCAUAGCAAUAUUUAAAAAAGUCAGUUAUAGAUAUAAUCAGAAAUGAAUCCCAGUGUCCUCAAAAAAACGGAUUAAAUAAAAGCAUCUGAUUUAUUUGGACAGCUGCUGCUCACUUUGGUCCACUUGAGUGUUUAAGAAAACAUAUUCUCCCUGAACUGAAUUGUUGUUGUGCUUUGUUGAAAAGACUGCAUUUGUAUGUAAAAUAUUUAUCUGGUCACAAAAAUAUUUUUUGUAUUCACCAAAAAACAAUAAAGCUAUUUCAAAAAACUACAAAAAGUUUAAGCGCUAUGUU